AUGAAUUAUUCAUAGAGUGGGCGAGGCUACACUGCGCUAUAUAAGGAGGAGCCCAGCAGUCAUUGCGCACUCUGCAUUGCUGUUCUCUAUUCGGUGUACUUGGACAAGAUCUCAUCAUGUCGUCUGACGAAGGAAAACUUUUUGUUGGAGGUCUGAGCUUUGAUACCAAUGAGCAGAGUCUGGAGCAAGUGUUCUGCAAAUACGGACAAAUCUCUGAGGUGGUUGUGGUGAAGGAUCGGGAGACUAAGAGAUCGCGUGGCUUUGGGUUUGUCACUUUUGAUAAUCCAGAUGAUGCGAAAGAAGCCAUGCAAGCCAUGAAUGGAAUGUCUGUGGAUGGACGUCAGAUUCGAGUUGAUCAGGCUGGAAAGUCCCCAAGUGACAGGAGAGGAGGCUACAGAGGUGGCUCAUCUGGAGGAGGAAGAGGGUUCUUCCGUGGAGGUGGAGGUGAUCGUGGUUAUGGAAGCAACCGAUUUGACUCCAGGGGUGGCGGCUAUGGUGGUGGAUCUCGGGAUUAUUAUGGCAGUGGCAGAAGUCAAGGAGGUUAUGGGGAUCGCUCAGGAGGAAGCUCCUACAGAGACGGCUUUGACAACUACACCUCAAACGAGUAAAAUACCUUCCUGACUCAAGAUCGUCCUUCCAAUGGCUGUAUUUAUAAAGAUUUUUGGAGCUUCGCUGAAUCAAUAAUGUGUAGUAUGUCAACUUGUGUUCACUUUUUUUAUAUAAAUUUGGUUAAUCUUGACAGCCUCACUGGUAGAAUGUGAACGGCUGUUCAGAGGGCGUUAUCCUUCGGGUACGUUUACUUUUUGUUUCAUACUGCUGUUCUGAGGCUGAUACAUGAAGCUCUUAUUUGUAAAUGAGCAGAUUCAUGCUGCAGGAAAUGGCUUUGCUCAGCAAAUGGGGUGAUGCUUCUGCAUUCGCAUCCCUGUAAAUGGGUAUGCCUCCUACUACAGCGUGGUCUUACUAGAUCUCUUGCUGUUAUGUAAAUAGUCAUGGGAUUGAAACCGUGAGCUUAUUUUGAGCUCUUAUUGUUUAAAAAUACUUUGUUUUUUUUUUUGUGUGAGGUAGUGCAGAGCCUGGGAGUGUGCUGCAAAUGACAGCUGUACCACCUUUGAUAUAACUAAAGUGAACAAAUGGAUCUGUCACAAGACGUUCUUAAAAUGUUUGUUUGUAUUGUCCUUUUUUUAUACAAAUAUUUCAUUUGAAUACUGUACUGAAGUGGUUACAGAAUUGUAUUUACUUUCUUUUUGGCUUCACGAAGCCUAUUAAAAGACAGUCUGAAAGAAA